AUGGUCCAGUCUCCUGCAGAAAUGCAGAUGCAUGACGACCUGGCCACCCUGCUCGCCCAGCGGCUGACUCUGGGCCCGGCGAUCCAGCAGCAGCAGCAGCAGGCCCCGCAGCAGCAACAGCAGCAGCAGGCCGAACCGGCGGCGGCGACGCAGAUCACCUACUCCAUCUCCCAGCACUACCACCAUUCGGCACACAUCGCCAAGCCGUCCGCUCCGGCGCAGCCGCCCGCGCCGUCCCCCGCUCAGGACGCAGCAGCAGGCGACCUCCUCCAGACGGCCCAGCUCCUCGCCUCCCACGGCGUCAACCCAGAGGCCCUCUCCCCGGCCCUGGUCGAGCUCUUCCGCACGGCCGACGAGCCCCUCAAGACGGGCCUCGUCGGCUUCUGGCGCCUCCUGCCGGAACAGCAGCAGCAGCAGGGGCAGCAGCAGUGCUUCGUGAGCCCGCAGAGCACCGAGGAGAUGACGCGCCUGUUCCUCCUGGCGCGGGAGCAGCAGCGCUCGCACAGCGCGCCCAUCAUCAGCCUGCAGGACAGCAGCUCGGGCCGCUGGCCCGCCGGCGGCGGCGCCGAGGAGACGGAGCCGUACAUGCUCUCCGGGUACGAGCAGAUGGCGCGCCGGGAGUACGAGCGGCAGGCCGCCACGCCCAGGGCCGCCGCCGCCGCCGCGACGAUGGUGGACGCCUACUCGCCCCUCGGCUCGGCGGUCGGCAGGGGCAACGGCGCCGGAUACUCGGCGGCCACGGACCCGGUGUACAGGAUGAUGAGCGGCGGCGGCGCGCAAGAGGAGUGGGCGCGGCAGCGGCAGCGGCAGCAGCAGGCCAUGGAGGACCAGUACGGCGCGCUGAUGCAGAUGCGGGAUGAGGAGAUGGAGCUGUGA